AUGUUUCACGCUGCUGAGCUUAAUGCACUCGUCAAUUUCUUCCUGAUGUUUUCCGCUGAUAAACCAAUUGAUUGGUUGCUUGAAUAUUAUCAAGACACGAAAUACUGUUCGUUUGGUGUAGAUGUUCAAUCGUGCACCCGAACGAAAGGUUUACAUCGCUUCCGUUUUCGCCCGUCUCUUUUUCAACAUAUUGGAAUAUACUCCUCGUUAAAAGGCAAAAUACAGAAGCUCAAAGACAAAGAUUUCGGUAAAAAUGUCAAGUUAUUCAAGUCACAUCAGAAUCCACCAGUCUCAUCGAUUGCAUCAUCAUUAAAAAACUACGAAAAACAUACAUUAGCUAGUUGCUACGCAGGACAGAACUUCUUUUGGGCCUUACAACCGAAAAAAGAUGAUACAAUCGUGUUUAAAUACGAUCCUCCCAUCGCCCUCUCACGAGUUUAUUUCAAGUCGGGUAAUCCUGAACAUCCAGGAGAUAAAUUUUUCAAUACUACUGUCGAUAUACAACCUUACGUGCAACCGAAAGAGACACUACCGUAUACGAAAGAUAACGAUGGAUUUCAUACGGUAGCUAAUUUCGCGCACGACACUGGAAUUGCUGAAGCAUCAGUUGAUAAAGCAUUCGGACCAAUCUCUACUAUUCGUUUGAAAAUUCACUCGAAAUCGGAUGCGUGGGUGAUUUUGAAUGAGAUUCUUAUUGAACCAUUGAAAUAA